AUGCCCGCCGCGAAGGGCGCCGCGUCGCCCGCGCGCGGCGCCGCGCCGCCCGGCUGGCCGCCGCUGCAGCCGCUGUGGCGCGGGCGCCUGUCAAAGUCCAAGUCGGUCCAGUGCACCCUGGUCUGCGUCGACGCGCUCGCGCCCAGCGGCGCCGCGCGGCUGGAGCCGUUUGAGUGGCCGCCAGAGCUGGCUGUCCUGGCGCGCGCCCCCGUGAGGGAGGCGCUCGAGGCCUACCGCACCGCGCUGCCCCAGCGCCGCGCCGUGCGGCGGCUGCUGGCGGCCGGCGGCCCCGGGUCCCCCGACGACGCGGGGCUGGCGGGGUUUGCGGAGUACCUGCGGUCAAAGGACCGCGCGGGGCUGGUCAAGAUCGCGCACUGCGCGGCGGUGGGCCACGCGCGCGACAUGCACCUGCUGGUGCCCGAGGAGGGCGUGCUGCGCGAGCUGGGGGUGGCGGGCUGCAGGCCGGGGGAGCGCGCGCUCAUCGCGGUCGUCACGCCCAGCAGGGAGGACGCCGCGCGCAUGAUGUGA